AUGAAAGAAAGAAUAGAAAAGUUAAAACGCAAAGGAUAUUUUAAAUCUGCAUUAAUUGACGAAAAAGGAUUUGGAACAUUUAUAAGGAAACAUAAAAUGCAAAAUAUGUAUCUUUGUAAAGCAAAAAAAUACAAAGGAGAAGGAGAUUUGGUUAUAAAAUCGAAUAAACUUAAAGCAAUUGACAUGUACGUUAAUGCUAUGAUAAAUUAUAUCAAAGGAUAUAGAGAAGAAGAACUAAAUUUGAAUAAAGAAAAUAUUAUUGGGUUUUAUAACGGGCUCUACAAAUAUUCAAUAGAAAUUUACAAUAUGAUAGAGGAAACAUCGGUUUACAAACUUUUUGUACAAAGGGUCUUGGUAGCUGUAAAGUUUCAUAUUUUAGGAUUAGAAACAAAACAUGCUGAAAAUGAAUUAGGUAAAAAUGUAUAUGAGCUGUACACGCUUUUUACAAAAAGUUCGGAUUUUUAUAAAAUUGACGAUCUUGAAGAUUUGUAUAAAAAAAUGUAA